UCCGUACACACAAUUAGGGAGAUUCGAGAAACAGGGGAACCAACAAGAACAAGAAGAAGAAAGAAAAGAAGAAUUACAAAAACGGUUUUCAAUCAAACCGUUGAAUCUUCUUUUCUGUUCAUCAUUUUCAUUCUCCUCGAUUCACUCUCUCACGAAUCAACAUCGUUUUUUCUCACCGGUUUCACUAGUCAGAGUGAUGGCAUUCAUCAGAAAACUUUUCUGAUGUAGUGAAACUGCUGCAACUCCAGUUGGGCUGAUUGUUACCCAAUGUGACCACAGUGGUUAACAAGCAGAAUCUUGUUUAUCCGUCGGUCUUCGACUGUUUAAAAAAAUGGAAAGCCCGAUAUCAAACAAGAUGUCUGUGUCACUUCUCAACAAACGGCGCGUGUUUGUCCAAACCGAAAACGGUUGUGUCUUAGGAAUGGAACUGGAGAGAAAAGACGAUGCCCACACGGUUAAACGAAGAAUGCAGCUAACCUUAAACGUUCCAACUGCCGAAACCUCACUGACAUUCGGUGACAUCCUUUUGAACAACGAUCUUAGCGCGAUUCGAACUGAUUCUCCGCUUCUGUUAACCAAGAACUUAAUGCAUAGAAGCUCGUCGACCCCUUGUUUGUCACCAACAGCGAACGCUCUCCAACAAAAGGAUCAAAGUAACGUUGUCGAGAUCAUCGGGCAUUCGGGUGAUUUCACCGAAACAAAGGAGCUUGUGGACGAGAUUGUUAUCGCGUUGAGAAGCAAUAUCGAACCGGUUCCUGUGAAUGGCGGGUUAGGUGGCGCUUAUUAUUUUAAGAACCUGAACGGUGAGAGUGUAGCCAUUGUUAAGCCCACUGACGAGGAACCGUUUGCUCCGAAUAACCCGAAAGGGUUCGUAGGAAAGGUUCUCGGGCAACCGGGACUGAAACAAUCUGUUAAGGUAGGCGAAACCGGUUUUAGAGAAGUUGCAGCCUAUCUUCUAGACCACGAUCAUUUCGCACGUGUGCCGUUAACAUCUCUAGUAAAGAUCACCCACUCGAUCUUCAAUCUAAACGACUGUGUAAUUGGGAACGCGAUUCAAAACAACAAAGGGGUUAGUAAGAUUGCGUCGUUACAACAAUUCAUUCCUCAUGAUUUCGAUGCUAGUGAUCACGGAAGCUCAAGAUUUCCCGUUGCGGAUGUGCACAGAAUCGGGAUAUUAGACGUUAGAAUCUUUAACACGGACCGACAUGCGGGAAACAUACUGGUUAGAAAGGUGAGUGACGGUGAAUUCGGUCGAGUUGAACUCGUUCCUAUCGAUCACGGCCUUUGUCUUCCGGAAUGCUUGGAGGAUCCCUACUUUGAGUGGAUACAUUGGCCUCAAGCAUCGAUCCCGUUUUCGGAAACCGAGCUUGAAUACAUAAAAUCUCUAGACGCGAAUUUUGACGCUAAAAUGCUAAGAAAAGAACUACCCAUGAUCCGGGAAGCAUGCAUACGCGUGUUAACACUUUGCACCAGUUUUUUAAAAGAAGCUGCGACGUUCGGGCUCUGUCUAGCAGAAAUAGGAGGGAUGAUGAGCCGACAAUUCAGAUUCAGCGAUCAAGAACCAAGUGAGCUUGAAGUAAUUUGCUUAGAAGCGAUGAAACAAGUAAUGGGUCUCUCUGAUACUGAAGAACAAAUUGACGAAAAGGAUUCGAAGUUUGCGAAAUCGGCUAUGGUUAACCAGACCCGCGCUUUGUCGUAUAACCAAGUGGGUUUGGGUAAGAAAGGAAGGGGAAAAGGGCGGGUGAAAGCGUGUGCUAAUGGGGUGCGGUCGAGUGCGAAAGAAUCGGUGGGUGCACCGACGAGCUUUGUGAAGGUGACGGAUAUGAACGAGGACGAAUGGCGGUUGUUUUUGGCGAAAUUUAAGGAGCUUGUGGUUCCCGCAAUGGCUGCAAGGAAGAUCUCGGGUAUAAACAUGAGAAACAAUCCUAGGAUUGGGAGUUCUUGCCAGUUUUGAGGACAACUUUGCCUAAAAAGGUUGUAAGUACUAAGUAAGUAGUAGCUUUAAGGAACAUAGUAUUAGUUCAUAGUAUUAUUUUUUGAUACGUAGUGCAUAUAAUAAAAUGCUAAAAAAACAUGUUUCAUGAAUUGGAAGGAGUUGGGUUUUAUUAAUAUCGAAAUAAAACAUAGCUGUUGCAAUGUUG